AUGUCUGGCGAUAUCCUGCAACGGGUCAGGACCCUUACCUUGAACAUGAACUACUUUGCCCACCUCCCUCGGCCAUGGGACAUCGUACCUACCUCCCUGCAGUUGCCGAGCCCCACGGUCAAGGCCUCACAGGUCCCCAGCCUGUUCCGAGAGCCCUACAUCCUGUCAGGCUACCGUCCGGUCAAACAGAACUGGCGCUGCUACCUCCUCAGUCUAUUCCAGAGACACAACGAGUCACUGAAUGUGUGGACUCAUUUGCUAGCAGGUCCUGUGCUGCUGAUACGCUGGUCUGCCAAUGCUGGCGCCCUGGGGUACACCUUGGAUACAGCCUCUCUACCUCUGUGCCUCUUCAUGGUGUCUUGUCUCACCUGUCUGUUCUGCAGUGCGACAGCUCACCUCCUGCAGUCUCACUCUGAACACGCACACUACCUCUUCUUCUGCAUGGACUAUGUUGGUAUAGCCGUGUAUCAGUACGGGUGCUCACUUGGACAUUAUUUCUACGCGUCAGAGACAACAUGGAGGGAGAGCUGCGUUGGGCAGUUGUUUCUACCCGGAGCUGCUUUCUGUGCAUGGCUCUUCUGUGCUUGCUGCUGUUUCGCCAAGUUCAGGUACAGGCGGCCAUAUCCGCUGCAGCGCAAAAUCUACCAGGUGAUCCCUGCCACACUAGCAUACCUGCUGGACAUCAGCCCGGUAGUCCACCGCCUGUUGACCGUCACCUGGACACAAGAGUACUCGCAGCUCUUCCACGCCUUCCAGAUCGCCUCCUUCAUGCUGGCUGCCCUCUUCUUCUCCUGUCCAAUCCCUGAGCGCUUCUUCCCGGGCCACUGCGACUUUGGGGUCCAGGGUCAUCAGAUCUUCCACCUGUUUCUGGCCCUGUGCACAAUGUUCCAGCUGGAGGCGCUGUUCCAGGAUUAUGCCAGGCGCAGGGAUACGUUGGUGGAGGUAUUUGGAGAGAGGCAGCUGUGGUGGGCUUGUGUAUCCUUCCCCGCCCUGUUUCUGUGUUGCGUCCUGACAGCAGUCAUCACAAUGAAGCAUGUGAAUGAGCAACUGCAGGCGAAACAAGAGAGAGAGUGA